AUGCUUCCUAAGACAUAUCCACGGAAACAUGUGGCCCGUGAAAUCUACGAUGCAUUGACUCACUUUAAAAGCCUUGUACCCUUGAUGGAUAGAUACGUUUACAAUGAUGGCAACACAAAGAACUUGAUGAGUCUAACUGGAACCAUCCCUGUCAUGUUUGAAGACCAAACCUACAACAUCCCGGUAUGCCUGUGGAUUGAAGAAAGCUAUCCACAAACUGCUCCCAUCUGCUUUGUCAGACCCACACAUGAGAUGAUGUUAAUCGGUGGACAGUAUAUCUCCAACAGUGGUGAAGUCGUGCUGCCUUACCUGGAGGAGUGGAAAUGUGGUGAAUGUGACCUACUGAGCCUACUCCGGGUGAUGGUUGUCGUAUUUGGAGACUUCCCUCCUGUGUGCAUGCAGCCUCAUCCAGAGCCUGAACAAGCCCCUUGUUGGCUGCAAUUCCACAAACAAGCAGAGGUGCUUUCAAAGACUGAUGGAAGCAUGUAUCUGGAUUUAACCUGUGAAGAUGAUCUACCUUUCCAAGAACAUGAAACCAACUGUUAG